AUGUUCUUCUACUCACCGAACGUUGCGACGUCUUCAUCGACGACAAGUCAUCGGAGACCAACUCUGACACAUCAAACUCAUCUUCAUGUCGGACAUUUGGAUACUCGACUUUCGGUUCAAAUUCCCGAAAUCUUGAGUCGAAGUUUUGCUCAUCACCCAGAAAGGGCGAGAUUAGUACCCGAGCAUCUUCGAUUUCUUGUUGAUGAGAACAAUGAGUUAUGGACCGGAAAUCAACCACCUGCUGAUCAUGUGACAGCUCGGUGGGAAGGUGCUAACAUCAAUUCACAGUCGGCUUUACUAGACGCAGAUGAUGGUGCCACAGUUAUCACAGACACUAUCAAAGAUGACCAGGAAGACAAGGAACCAAAAAGUUGUCCACAACAGACGGUUAAAUACAUCAAAAUCCUCACACCUCACGUUAUUCUGGUGUCAGUGUUGAUUGGUUACUUGUGUUUGGGAGCCUGGAUACUUAUGCUGCUGGAAACGCGGACAGAAUUGCUUGCCAGAUCCAAAAAACUUGUUAGGUUAACAAAUUUAAUGUCGAACUUCACGGCGGAAAGUUGGAAAAUGUUAAGUAAUGCUCAACACGGAUCGAAUACAAUGGAUGAAGGUGAAUGGGCAGCGACAUUUCGAGAAUGGAUGGUACGAGUAUCCGAAACCGUUGAUGAUCGAAGGCCUAUUCGACGGGAAUUAAACCGACCUGAUGAUCUAUCGAAUAUGCACAAUAAAUGGACAUUUCCAACAGCAUUAUUAUAUGUUUUGACUGUAUUAACAACUUGCGGUUAUGGAGAAGUGUCCGUAGAUACCGAUGUAGGAAAAGUGUUUUCCGUAGCAUUUGCACUUGUUGGUAUCCCACUUAUGUUCAUAACAGCUGCAGAUAUUGGAAAAUUCUUAUCGGAAACACUACUCAAAUUUGUUAGCUUUUGGAAUCGAAGUGUCAGAAAAGUGAAGCAAUGGAUGAGUCGUGUUCGACAUGGCCGAAGAAAGUCAUUGCAAUCAACGGGUGGUCAAAACGAUACCCUCGACAUCCUGGGUGUUGAUGGAACUGAAGAAAAACUUUGGUUUCCAAUAGGUGCCUACGUAUCAUGUAUCUGCUUAUAUUGCUCAAUGGGCUCUGCCAUGUUUAUCAACUGGGAGAGAACCUGGUCUUUCAUUCAUGCCUUUCACUUUGGUUUCAAUUUAAUUGUAACAGUCGGUUUGGGAGAUAUCGUGGUUACUGACUACAUAUUUUUAUCGCUGAUAGUAGCAUUUGUUAUUGUUGGUCUUUCGGUGGUGACCAUGUGCGUUGAUCUUGCAUCGACACAUCUCAAAGCUUACUUUACCAGAAUCCAUUACUUUGGACGGGCUAAACGAUUCCUUGGAAUGAGUGAAGAACUCAAAGAAAUCGUAGCUCUACUUGGUGCAAUGCGACGGAAAAAGGGUGGUAAAGUGACGUGGAAUGAUGUUCGCGACUUUUUGGACAACGAACUUCGCGAUCGGCCAUUCGAACCUCAUGAGCUUUUGAUGAAGCUCAGAUUUAUUGACGAAACAUCAUCUGGAAUGUCUACAAUCCGUCAUAAUUCGUUCCAAUCAGAUUUCUUCCGAGAAUCCGAGUACAUUCGACGAGUGGCCGCACUGAGGCCGGAGCAACCAGCAUAUUUGUAA